GUAAAAUUGAUGCAUGCUUAUGUGAAGCAGCUAGUGAAGAUGUGUCUCCCUGGUAUCUUCAUUGUUACCCUGUUGACCCUCUCUAUUCCCGCUGUCCAUGGUGGGAAAGUCCUGGUGUUUCCUCAAGAGGGCAGCCACUGGGUCAACAUGAAGGUCAUUAUUGAAGAGCUGCAUUCAAGAGUGUGUGAGAUGAUAAUCAAAAUGUUAGAGAAUAAACAGUUGAUGCAGUCUAUUAGAGAAACCAAGUAUGACUUGGUUCUGACAGACCCAUUAAAUGGGGGAGGUGUUGUGCUGGCGCACUAUUUAAAUGUGCCACUUGUUUUCAAUGUUAGAUGGACUAUAGGCGAGUUAACAAGAGACAUCAACAAGGGAUCACAGCUUUCACCUGGUCAGUCCCAUGUCAUGGAAUGA